AUGACGUUUAGUAAAAUACUGAUUGCUAAUCGCGGUGAAAUAGCAUGUCGAGUUAUUCGUACAGCAAGAAGACUUGGUCUAAAAUCUGUGGCUGUUUACUCAGAUGCAGACAAAAAUUCAUUACAUGUCAGAAUGGCUGACGAAGCUGUUCGUAUUGGUCCGGCACAGGCUUUGCAAAGUUAUUUAAAAAAAGAAAAUGUCAUUGAAGCUGCCUUAAAAACAAAUUCUCAAGCGAUACAUCCCGGUUAUGGUUUCUUAUCAGAAAAUUAUGAAUUUUGUAAUAUGUGUAACGAAAAUAAUCUCGUAUUUAUUGGUCCACCGCCGAAUGCCAUUCGUGACAUGGGUAUUAAAAAUUUGAGUAAAAAUAUCAUGACUAGUGCCAAUGUUCCAGUAAUUUAUGGUUAUCAUGGUGAAGAUCAAAACAAUGAAAAAUUACAACAAGAAGCAAAAAAGAUUGGCUAUCCGGUAAUGAUUAAAGCUGUGCGUGGUGGAGGUGGAAAAGGAAUGAGAAUUGCAUUUAAAGAAGAAGAAUUUUUGGAUCAAUUAAAUGCAGCUCGAUCAGAAGCAAUGAAAUCGUUUAACGAUGAUUCUGUAUUAAUAGAAAAAUUUAUACAACGUCCAAGACAUGUUGAAGUUCAAGUAUUUGGUGAUAUGCAUAAAAAUUACGUUUAUUUAUUUGAACGUGAUUGCAGUGUACAAAGACGACAUCAGAAGAUAAUUGAAGAAGCUCCCGCUCCAGGUAUCAAUUGGUCAACAAGAAAGAAACUGGGCGAAGCUGCUUGUAAAGCGGCACGGGCUGUUAACUAUGUUGGUGCAGGCACUGUUGAAUUUAUAAUGGACGAAAAUCAUGAAUUUUAUUUUAUGGAAAUGAAUACGCGUUUACAGGUUGAACAUCCAAUAACAGAAAUGAUAACAGGAACGGAUUUAGUUGAAUGGCAAAUAAAAAUUGCUCAGGGUGAACCAAUACCAUUGAAACAAGAUGAAAUUAAAUUGAAUGGUCACUCAUUUGAAGCACGAAUCUAUGCUGAAGAGCCAAACAAUGAAUUUAUGCCUGGUGCUGGAUUGUUAACAUAUCUACGAACACCACCCAUAACUGAUGGUAAAAUUCGUGUUGAAACUGGAGUAUUAGAAGGUGAUGAAGUCUCUGUACAUUAUGAUCCAAUGAUUGCUAAACUUGUCGUGUGGUCAACAACUCGACUAAAUGCAUUACAAAAAUUACGUGCGGCAUUACAACAAUACUAUAUUGGUGGAUUGAAAACGAACAUUCCGUUUCUAAUAUCAUUGUGUGAUAGUAAAAAAUUUCAAUUAGGGAAUGUUCAUACAGAUUUUAUUAAAGAAAAUAAGCAAGAAUUAUUUCAUGUUAAUGAGUUGAGUUCAGUUACAGCAGUGGCUGCUGCAUACUCUUAUUUUGAUUAUCAAACAAAAUCGUCCGCUAGUCAAUUCGUGUCCGAUCCUUUCUCACCAUUUGCAUUAAAAAGUUCCUUUCGUCCAAAUUUUCUACAAAAACACAAUAUUACAUUGCUCUACGACAAUAAAGAUCAUAAUUUUCAAAUUGAAUCGCUUGAUGCAACAAAAUCGAUUGUAUAUUAUCAAGGUAAACGUUAUAAUAUUGAAAUCCGUCCCGGUACUGCUGAUGCUGAUGAGAUUACAAUGUUGAUCAACGAUCAUCAGUUUCAUUGUCGUUUACUUGUUGAUGGUGACCAAUUGACAUUUUAUUCAAAUUUUAAUCGUACAUCAUUUGAUUUUAAACAUCGUUCACCAUCGUUUGUCGCGGCGCUUGAAAAAAGUGGUGGAACAGAGGGAGGAACAACAGUUGAUCCUGUAGCACCAAUGCCUGGGAUUAUUGAUAAAGUUUAUGUUAAAGAAGGAACACAUGUGAAUAUCGGACAACCGUUACUUGUCAUGACAGCAAUGAAAAUGGAACAUAUUAUUAAAGCUACGAAAACUGGAGUAGUUGAUAAAAUACUAUUUCAUCCAGGGCAAGUUGUGAAAAAAGGAGAAAAAUUAUUAAUAUUCAAACAAGAUGAUACUCUUAAACAAGAUGAUACUGUUAAACAGUGA